AUGAUGGAGACUAUCCGCCGAGCCUCAGAGCGCCUUCUCGCGAAACGAAAAGAGAAGGCCGCGAACAAUAAAAAGGAAAACGAGGAAAACAAGAUUGCCAAGGAGGAGACCGCAGAGGAAGAAAACACCGCACAGGGAGAAAAGAAGAAGACGGCAAAGGAGAAAAAGAAAAGCACAAAAAAACCGAGAAAAAGGCCAAAAAGACCAAAAAGACCAAAUCUGUUGCGCCUGCCCCGUCCGGAGAGGUCUCUUCUCAACCUGCGGCUUCAGACUGAGCAGAUAAUGAGACCGCUUGGGGAAUACCCAUCGGUUGCGGAAUACAAGGCUGCUGGCGUGAGACCGCUCUCCGCUCAACAAAUUGAGGAGCGCGUCGCGGCCGCUACCGCCCACAUCCCGCGCCCCGUUCAAUAUGGGCGCCUGAGCGGUGUUGAGAACUCCGUCGCCGUCGAGCUCUAUGAUGAGGAACUUGCCAAAGAAGCGGCAGUUACCCCGAUCUCUAAAGAUGUCGUAUCCCCCGCUGACGCGACCAAUCGCAACACCCCCAUCCCGGACGACGAGGGCCUCCGAGUCACCCCUGUUGAGCCGGUUCCCUUUGCAAGUGCAGAGGAUAACGAGUAUGUCGCCGUGCUGAAGUCAAUCCCACUUCCACCGUCCGACAAAUAUGAUCUCCUCAAACUCCGAGCGGCCAUCGAGGUCGCCAUCGUCCACGCCCUCGAGAGUGGCAAUGAGCGAUCAGCUCAGAGUGUGUUGUACCUUUGGUCCAAUGCAGUAAAUGAUGAAUUCAAGAUGUCUCUAAUUGCCAGCAUCUCCGAUGGCAGUGCUGACAAUCUACUGCGACUUGCUCUCAUGGCACUGCUCAAGAACGAUUACAAUGAUGCCCGUCAGUGGUACCUGAACUACGUCCCGCCUGAUUCAGAUGAUCCUGUCUCUGGAAAGGAGACCGGCCAGCCUACUGCUAAUACUAUUAACGCGGAGGACACCUUCAAGGUCUCUGACAUCUAUCGUGAUACAAGCGGUCCUCGACUUCGGGAGGCAUUUAUGAGCGGAAAGUCGAACACGGCCGUCCGUUCUGAGGAGAACGCGUACAGACGCAAACGCAAGUGGGAGUCAGAUCCCAAUCACGACGCAAAUAUGCUACAGAAGCGUGCCCGUUUGCCACAGCUGUCGAAGAUUGACAUCAUUCCCACCAGCGCAGUUCGUGAUGAGAUCGGUCCGCCAGAUGCUAUUCACCACCCUCACACAAUUAACAACGCUGACCCAGUUACCACUGACCCAAUUGAUCGGUCGCGUUCCCUCUCUGUUUUUACUGGGUCCAUUCUUGACCUUCCCCUCCUCGGGGCUUCAGAACCUCCUGAGUCAGUUGUUUCUGACCGGCGCCAGAACGAGCUGGCUGAGCGCUCACGCUCGCUCUCUAUUGACACGACCCUCUCGGAUGUGUCGUCGAUGUCCAACUCUGUUUACUCUGUCCGUUUCAACAAUUGGUCUGGACCACACCCACCUCGGCAGAUGCCAAAUUCCAUCGAGCCGCCAGACAACAGUGACGAGUGCAGCAAGUGUGGCGACGGAGGGGAUCUUCUGUGCUGUGAUACAUGUCCCAAUUCGUACCAUUACGAAUGCUUGGAUCCUCCCUUGGAUCCCAAGGAUCCUCCGAAAGGUGACUGGCACUGCCCUAAGUGCUCUGUCCGCAACAGUUUCUCGACGCUGAUCGCUCGAGCUGGCUACUAUAAGAAAACGGAGUACCGGGUUCCUGAGCCCAUCAAGGAGCAUUUUGAAGGAGUGGAUGGGAUGGUCAUCUCCGAUGAAGAUGGUCACGCUCGCAAUCAGAAGGAUUUCACUAACUACAGAUUGAAGUCCCGCAUCGAGCGACUGACUAGGGUCCCGGGGCCAGCCAAGGAAGGUGGCCACACUUUCGUUCCAUAUGACCAUCCCAGUAAUCUCCGAGAAUUCGAUGCCAACGGGCAAAUAAUCCGUUGCGCAAAGUGUGCCAGCACGACCUACGGUGGCCGGCCUAUAGUCAAAUGUGACUAUUGUGCCUGCCAUUGGCACGUGGGGUGUCUUCCUCCGCCCCGUGCGGGACCGGCAAAUCCCCGGAAAGGAUGGUUGUGCCCCAACCAUGUCCCCUCCGCGGACAUGGUUGGGGCAAAUACCUUCGAGGGUGAGGUGCGGCCGCGUCGCGUUCGGCGGCCGCGGAAUAUGGCGUCGUUGGACUGCGACGUCAUAGUUCCUGAUGACCCCGGGGACAGUCCGUUUGAUGAGGCAGGCGUCCCUACAGGGGGCGUCGUGGUGGAUUUUAUCGGCGCGGUCAAGGCCCAGCACGCCGAACGGGCCUUAACUGAAAAGAUCUUAAGCGCUGUCCGGGCCCUGAUCGCCGGGAGCCGGGAGAUCAACGCAGCGAUCGCGCUUCUUUCCCUGGUCGGUGGCCAAGCCCCUUCCGUCGGCGAAGGCCACAUCGCCGACGCUGCUGAAGUUAGUGACCCCUCUGCUCCCGUUCCCAUCACCCCGUCUAGCCCCAUUUCGGUUUCUUCUGAGGAACACUCAGAGACAGAGGUCGCCCCUCGCAUCCCUGCGUCGAGUCGCAAGCGCUCACGUUCAGACGACCAGGCUUCGGAGAAGCCGGCGCAAAAGCGCCAAUUUACCAAGAAGUGA